UUCCGUCGAAGCUCACUACGGGAACCAUCAACAGAUUCAAGAUGCGAAAGUCUAUUUUAAAAAAAGAAACUCCCACCGUUCAUUCAAAUAAUAAAGCGUGUGUAUGAAGGUUAAGAGUGCAGACCACAUUUAAGUUAGAUUUAGUUUCAUUUGAAGCAUAAAGCGUAAAUUCCACGCGCGUUGUGGAACUUGUGUUUGUAACAAUUCAGCCACGGUGACGAUUGAGUAGUGGCACAGGUCAUCUUUAUUUGAAAUGAGAACAUCGAGGAGUGAAUUGCGUCUCAUUUCUCCAAAUAUUUGUCGCUCCUCGCUCCUCUGGUGGGAGGAGUUGACAAGUAAACAGAUCGGGUUGCAAACAAAGAAAUGAAAGCGACUCCCUGGCGUCUGUUAGCAAAACCGGAAGUACUCAGAGGUGAACCCCUUUGACAUCAUUCGGCGACUAGCAGUCUUUUGUUUGUUAGGGCAGCUGAGCCGCAUCUGACUUCAAGAAGGAAGCAAACGUUCAUGAUGGACGAAUUCGGAGAUGGGGAAGACCUUUCUGAUGGAGAGCUGUCUCAGUGUAAUACCUGUAAAAGAAUGUUCUUUCCGAAAGUCCUGGAGAGGCAUUCCAAGGUCUGCCAAAAGUCAACAUCGAAACGGAGGAAGGUUUUUGAUUCCAGCAGGCAAAGAGCGGCUGGCACGGACAUCCCCACCCUCAAACCCCUUAAACCAAAGGCAGAGCCCCCAAGGAAACCGUCCAAUUGGCGCAAGAAACGCGAGGACUUAAUCUCGGCCCUCCACGCAUCCAGAGCCAGCAUGAGGGCCAUGAAGAAAGGUGCACCUUUGCCCCCGCCUCCUCCUCCUUCAUAUGACCCAGACCUAAUCCAGUGUCCCUAUUGUCAGCGGCGGUUCAACGAAAAUUCCGCUGAAGGACAUAUUAAGUUCUGUCAGGAUCAGGCUUCCAGGAUGGGUAACAGGAACAAGUUGGCCAAUGCCAAGAAAACUCCUGCUCGCGCACAGUACAAGCCCCCCACUCCUGUCAAGAAGGUCAACUCUGCAGUGUCAACUAUCCCUUCGGCCUCCUCCCGUCUCCCUCAGAGAUCAGGCCUUGCUCAGACUACUGGAGUGCCUUCCAGUAAGGCCUCCUCUGCAGCUUCUAUGAGGACAAACACAUCUGGGAUCACGAGCCCUGCUUCUGGUGUGGGAAUGAAAGGUCGAGUAAUGGGCUCUGGAUACGGUUCUCUGAGGAACACUACGCCCGGAAGAGGACAGCUCAACAAGAAGAAACAGGAAGACACUUGCAUAACGAGGGAUGACGUCAACGGCAGUAACGAUGUGGGCAAUGAUGAGAAAAAGAGCAAGUUUUGUCACUCAUGUGGGACCAGGUACCCCGUAGAAUCUGCAAAGUUUUGCUGUGAGUGUGGCAUCAGAAGGAUGUGUAUCUAAGAUAAAGGGACUGAUGGGAAAAAUAAAGUAUGUCAACGCUAAAUUUUUUUUCUUAAAUGCAUGGUUUUACAAUUUAUUCUUGUCAUCUUGCAUUUGAGUCCCAAAGUCUUUAUCGACAACUGAAAGCUAUUAAUUGAAAACACAUUAGCUCAGGAUUAUUUUUUCUAAUGGCAAAAGUAUGAUGGCUGUGUUUGAUGUUUGGUUAUUAGAGCAUUUGAGUAACAGUUAUGGCCAGGGCCGUGUUUCACAAAUAUGGAUCCUACAACUCGAUUGCUCCACGCCCUUUGACAGGGAUUCAGUCCGUAUAAUCCCAUGUUCCAAAUCUUUUAUCACUUUUCGUCACUUCCAGAAAAGAAACAUUCACCCAACUGCUACAAUUUUGAUAUAGCCUUCAAGCUUCAAUUGUUAAAAGAGCUGUGACAUUGGCUUUUUAAAAGUACUGCACUUGUGUUAUUGGACUAUUACUGGAGUCAUUGCUCCACACACCUGUGUCUCAAUUGGUACUAUCUAAUAUUAUAUAGUUCUUAUUAACUGAUAGUGAGUGACACAACAGUCUUAAAAGAGACAUUGGAUGAUGAUGAUGAUGACAGAUGUAAUACGAAUUUUGUUACCACCGGGGUGGAGCUAAGACCUUGGGACAAAGUGAAGGCUACCCAGUGUUCCAAACAACAAAGCAAAACUUUGUUGCUAUAUAUAGUGACUUUUCAGCCCCCCUUAAGGCCUCUUUAUACUCCCUCGGCCAAUAGCGGCCGCAUUGCAUCACGUGACCGACACAUUGGGCCGCGCACACGAUAAGAAAUGUUGCUGCGCGUAGAAUGCCGCGGAGAUCAUCUCUCGUGAUUGGUCCGUUUUGUCCACAUGGUGUGAGGACGUGCUCAGCCAUCCCCUUGGUUCCACAUAUCAUCUACGUCGCGGCCUUCUUAAUCGAUUUUGCAGCAUAAUUAAAUGUGUCAUCUCGGUCCAUUUGUUCUUGCAGACACUGUCUGCACAGAUUUUAUAGACCGGGACCACGUCCCUUUUAACUUUUAAUGCUGAUAUUUCAUCACAAAUGUAGCAUUCUCUGUAAACCCAUACAUUCCUUUUCCGACUUGUUAUUUAUUUAUCUGUCCUUAUUUCAUCUCAUUUUACUGGAUUUUUGUUAAUCUACUGAAUUUACGUUUUGUUUUUAUUUGCACCAGUACCAAGAUGGAUUACACGUGUCUUUUGUUUUUGUUUUCAUUGGUAUUCAGUGAAUUAAGGUAGUUUGGGUCCAAUACUACAACAAACUUUCAGAGCUUGUCAGAAUUUAGUAUACAAGUGUUUCAACUGAAGUAUUUACCAGUAACGUGUCACUCCAAAAACGGUGGACAUACUAUACUGAAAAAACUAGGUUACUUUUUGACUGAAAUCCUACUAACUUCUCAUAAGAUGUUCAAAACCCUAGUAUUUAAAACACUAUGGAUGGGUGUAAAUCAAUAUCGAAUUCAUAUUGAUCUGUUUCAGAAUGGUGAUAACACGGACACCUUCAAGCAUGGGUCGAUAUGUAGUUUUUGACACAUUUUGGCUGCUUCUCACGUAAGGUCUGAUGUUCCAUCAGGCUUAAAGUCUCUGCUGCUUGGAUUACUGUUAGGCUGGGGUCAAAGGCACAUGUACCACAUGAUGGUACGACAUUGACUUAGGAAAUGUAAUAGUCACUUUUACUGUUGGGAAAACUAUCAGAGCCAUGCAUACUUCCCAUGCUUCAUGUUCAUAAAAUAAAAAAUGCGUUCCUAUGCUGACUACAAAAGUCGUGUGUUUGUGCAACUCAUCCAAUGUAUAGCCUCCAUGAAUAAACCUUUAUGCAGACGA